AGGAAGUACUAUAUAUAAAUAACUGUGUGGGAUAAUUCUGAAAGAAGAAAAAAUAGACAAAGAGAGUCGUAAAUAACGAUCUCCAGAAAAUCAAGCGAUCGCCGGAAUGAAGUCAGCGACACCGAAUGACGGCGGCGGAGCAGUCGUUCCUCUCCUCCCGAAGAUGAAGUCACCGCCGCCGGAGAGGCCAGCGUCGGUGGUGGGAGCGGUGUUCAACGUGUCGACGACCAUAGUCGGCGCGGGAAUCAUGUCAAUUCCGGCAACGAUCAAGGUGUUAGGUGUGAUUCCGGCGUUGGUAUCGAUCGCGAUGGUGGCGAUCCUGGUGGAUGUGUCGGUGGAGUUCAUGAUGAGGUUCACGAAUUUCGGUGAGUCGAGUACGUACGCUGGGUUGAUGUAUGAGUCGUUUGGACGGUUUGGAUCUGUUGCGGUUCAGAUUUGUGUCUUGAUCACCAACCUUGGUUGCUUGAUCAUUUAUCAGAUUAUCAUCGGGGAUGUCCUGUCUGGAACCCAUCUUCAAGGACCAGUGCACUUGGGCAUUUUACAAGAAUGGUUCGGCAUUCAAUGGUGGAACACUCGUGCUUUCGCACUCUUCUGCAUGUUGAUCUUCGUUAUGCUUCCUCUGGUGUUGAUUCGUCGUCUAGAAUCGCUGAGGUUCAGUUCAGCGGUGUCGGUUCUACUGGCUGUGGUUUUUGUUGGCAUAUGUUCUGUUAUGGCAAUCUCUGCAUUGUUAGAAGGGAAAGCAAAAAGUCCUAGACUGAUGCCUCAAUUGGAUGACCAAGCUUCCUUCUUCAACCUCUUCACUGCUGUCCCGGUUAUCGUCACCGCUUUCACAUUUCAUUUUAAUGUUCAUCCGAUUGGAACCGAGCUCGAAAAGCCUUCUGACAUGGCCACAGCAGUCAGAAUCUCCCUCCUAGUUUGCGCCGUCAUCUACUCUUCUAUCGGUAUCUUUGGAUAUCUUCUAUUUGGAGACUCAGUCAUGUCCGACAUACUUGUAAAUUUUGAUCAAAAUUCUGAUUCAUCAGUCGGUUCAUUGCUCAAUGACAUGGUUCGAUUAAGCUAUGCCCUCCACCUUAUGCUGGUUUUUCCUCUAUUGAACUUCUCUUUGAGGGCCAACCUUGACGAAUUAAUCUUCCCUAAGAAGCCUCCUUUGGCGGCCGACACAAAAAGAUUUCUUUGCAUCACUUUCACUAUCCUAAUCUUCUCUUAUCUUGCGGCGAUUGCCAUCCCCAACAUCUGGUAUUUUUUUCAGUUCAUGGGAUCGACUUCUGCAGUGUGCCUUGCCUUCAUCUUCCCCGGUGCAAUCGCUCUGAGAGAUGUUCAUGGUAUAUCGGGAACAAAGGACAAGAUCGUGGCAGCGAUAAUGCUAGUCCUGGCUAUCAUAACAAGUGCAAUUGCAAUUUCUAUCAAUAUAUGUAAUUUUGUCGGAAACAAGUCAUAGUUCUUCCCCCCCAUCCCCCCCCCCCCCCAAUUUUUUAUUUUAUUUUAUUUUAUUUUUUUAAAAUUUUUUGGUCUUGAUUGUUUUUGUAAUUGCAUAUAUGCUUGUAAAACACCCUUGGUCUGUAUUCUUGUAAUCCUCAUGGCUUGUUGUUUGUAUCUUUGAGAGAUUACAUUGCCUUGAUUAAGAAUUUUCCCCCAGUGUAAUGUCAAAUUAAAAUAGCAACUAUCUUCAAAACUUUCUAUGACAA